AUGGCGCCUUCAUCGCCAGACAGUGUACCAUUAUCAACGACGAGCAGUGACGACAAUGACAGUGGCAACGAUCGAUUUGCUCGGCUCAUGCGCGACACUCGAACCAAAAUGGAGGCUAAAAAGCUCGAAUUGAACGCUACCAUGCAAGAAAAAUUGCCGGAAUGGAAAUUACGUGGUGCAUUGUACAGUCAAUAUGCCCGUGAAACCGGAAUCGAAUGGAGUCGUAAAGGAAAAGAAGCUGUCGAUCGGUGGAAGAAAGAACUAGCUGAACGAGAUUCAUCGAAUGCUCCAGCAUUACCCACACGACCCAACAGCACGACAACAUUGGGACUUGUUUUUGGGGUGCCAUUAGAGCAGGCAGUGCCACUGGAUGGCGGCUUGCCUCCGCUGGUGAACCAAUGUGUGGAUUAUUUGGAUAUGCAUGGCGUGCGGGAAGUAGGAUUAUACAGGAUACCCGGCAGUCUGACAGCGGUCAACAAAUUGCGUGCUGUGUUCGAUACAGUACCGGAACCCAUCAUCCCACCCGACAUGUAUCCAAAACUCAACGACGACGAUACCGACGAUGUGGACGACGCCAUCACAGCUGCAGGCUUACAAACUGUAAAAACACUCACAACACAGCUCCCUACACACAAUCAGCAGCUACUGCGGCGACUAUGUCGACAUCUGAAAAACGUAGCGGACCAUAGCGAUAUCAACCGCAUGCCCACCUCCAAUCUGGCCGUUGUAUUCAUUCCGACACUCGGCAUCGAUCGCACUCUGUUCCAUUGUCUUGUCGACCAUUACCGUGACAUCUUCCCAUCCCCUCCUGUACCUUCUAAGCCUCGUCAUUUCAAAUCAAAGACACUGCCCGACUCUCAGGUCAUGCGUGUACCGCCAGCGAAACCAAGUCGUAGCCAUAUCAAACCAUCUUCAUCUUCUUCCUUACAACACAAAGCACAGGCACCACCGACACAUCACUCAUCCGCACCCGCUCCCGUCGAGCCAACAAAGCCUCGGUCAAAGUCAAUGUCCUCCUCAUUUUCACAAGCUCCCUUUGUCGCGUCUUGGAAGCGGACCACUGGUACGCGUGUCGAGGCCCUUGGCCGACAGUUUGAAGCGAAACGGAACCCAUGA